ACAGUUAGGCAUUGAAAAUGUAAAUAAAUUCCUGUAUAGAAAGCAAUAAGAAAACAAGUGAAAACAUAAAAACACAUUACAAACUGUUCAAUUAGGCAACAUUUUGACAGAAGCGGAAAAAAAUUACUCAAAAUUAUUCUCGAAGUGCAGAGCUUCACGCACACAUCUCUAAUCAUCAGGGAGAAAUUGUGCCGGGAUAUAAGAAAAAAAAAUUAACAAUAUCUACACGCAAACAGGCUGACGUCUGGUAUAAACGAGCUAGCGAACGUAACUUAAGCUACAACGAAAAACUAUAACUAAUAUAAACAAACAAUAAACAGCUGACAGCUGCAGGCCCGCUCUCUCUCUCUAGCUUUUAUAGCCAUGGUAACAGUUGCACUUCUGCCGCGCCUACUGGGCAGAGGCAUAGGCGUAGGCACCAACAGCAGCCUCGCCUGCCUGAGACUGCUUACGCAUAUCGUCAGUCCUCGAGCCAGUUUGUACAUGAAUCCGCGCUGCCUCAGUCUAUUGGGCAAAGUACGAACGCCUGCGCUGGCGUCUCCACUGCUGACAAACAAGUAUUGCAGCUAUGCACGUCUUAGCACAAAGCCAACGCAUUGCGCCAACUCCAACAAAACGGACACCAAAUCCUCAUCCUCAACAGCAUCAGCCGCCAGCUCCAGCGAGCUCUUCGGCGAAGCAGCCAACAUGGGCCUCUUUGCCAAAUUCAAGCAUAUGUAUAAACAAUAUUGGUACGUGCUUAUACCGGUGCAUGUGAUAACCUCCAUUGGCUGGUUCGGUGGCUUCUAUUACCUAUCCAAAAGCGGCGUGGAUGUGCCUGCUCUACUGCAGUACAUGCAUCUCAGCGAGACGAUAAUUGAGAAGGUGCAAGGCUCGGACAUGGGUCACUAUGCUAUUGCCUAUUUAUGCUACAAAGUGGCUACGCCAGUGCGCUAUGCGCUCACACUAGGUGGCACAACAAUUUCUAUCAAGUAUCUGGUGCAGUGGGGCCACAUCAAGCCCAUGCCCAGCAAGAGACAGCUAAUGAAAUUGUAUGAGAAUACCAAGGCCACACGCGCUGGCACCAAAGCGACUAAAGAUGAGAAUCACAAGUGAUCGGCUGCUGCUUUGGCGUGCCACAACACACCGCCUGUUGUCGUUGUCGUUGGUGACGUUGACGUUACCAAGCGGCGUUCAACAGUUAACUAGUUGUAUUUAUUUUUGUUCAACUGUUGCCCAUGCCUGCUAUGGUGAUGCGCGUCGUCCUUGGUAUUAACUUCUUGUCGAGGCGCUCGCAAAAACGUCAUCACGAUUACGCUCUUCCCACUUUCAUAUGCCUAGCAGCAGCUAUCGGCCGCCUUGGAGGCACGCCCCCCACCCCACCCCACACCACACACAAACACACACACACUAAAACACAAUCCACAACUGUUUAUAUGUAUAAAUAUAUUUAUGUAGAACUAGCAAGCAUAUAAGUUUAUAUGGAUAUAUUUAUAUAUAUACAUAUAUAAUUAUAUUUUACUUAACGCUUGUAAUAGUUUCUUUUUUAGUUACGAAAUUCAUGCCAUACAAUAGAUACUCUUUCAAUCACACAUAAAAAGUCAUCUCCAUACACAAACAAGCAAACACACACACACACACACACACACACACCCCCAAUACAAAUGGCGAGAUUUUAAGGCAGCCUUCUAUACUGACAAGAAGUGUAUAUUUUGUAAAUGUAAUUUAAAAGU